GCGCUCGAAUCUGGGUAACUGCAAUACUGUCUACGUGGACCAACUGAUAAGUUGUUUGUUUUCAAAAUUGUAAUUGGCAAUUUAAAGUUGUAUUGUGUGUCCACACUCUUUUGCUGCCUGCGUCGCCGUCGGUGUCGACGUUAAUCUUAACGCGCUGUUUAUCGCGACUCACAAAUUGCCACUACCUUAGAGAUUAUGCACAAAUAUCAAAGCGCCCCAAAUAAAAACCAAGUUCAGAGGGCCGACGAGAUGAGAUUCUUAAACAGCAAUAAAGUCGUUUGGAAUUUGACCAAACUCUCCGUACAGAAGCAAAGUCCCAAUGCGCUUAUUAAGCUUCUACCCGCCAGCUAUAGCACUGGCAAAGCCGGCGACGGUGACAGUAAGGCGCCGCAGGUGCCUAAGCAGCCCAAGCAGGAGCUGCUAAAAUAUCAUGUACUGCCGCUGCAGGAAACUUUGGAUCGCUUUUUGCUGACAGUGCAGCCACUGCUAACACCCAAGGAGUUCAAGGAGCAACAAAAAAUUACCGAAAACUUUAAAGAUAACGAUGGAAGCAAGUUGCAGGCGCUUCUUGAGGCAGUGGGAGACACUGAGAAGAAUUGGCUAGCUCAUCGCUGGCUAACAAAUGCCUAUCUAAAAUAUCGUGAUCCUGUCACAGUCUAUGUCAGUCCCGGCAUGACGUUCCCUCCCCAAAACUUUAAAGAUACCAAUGAUUAUAUCAACUAUACGGCUACGGUAAUUUAUGGUCUGGGUGAGUUUAAAAAAUUCGUUGAUGAUGGGAAAAUACCGAUUGUUAAAAUGGGCAAAAACGAGCUGGAUAAUAGUCAAUUUGGCAAAGUGUUUGGCACUUGUCGUAUACCCAAGCGCAUACAGGACGAGAUUGUUUAUAAUCCCUGCUCCGCCUACGCGGUUAUUAUCUAUAAGAACAAUUUCUUCAAGCUCUGCAUGUAUGAUGAGGACGGUGAAGUACUGUCAUCUAAAGUUUUUGCCGAUCAAAUACGUGGUAUUAUGGAAGAGGAAAAGUGCGUGGGAAUACCCUACGGCAUACUCACCACAGACAAUCGCGAUAACUGGGCCGAGGCGUAUGAGCAGCUGAACAAAUCACCUGUAAAUGCCAAGGCCAUGAAAACCAUACAAGGUGCACUCUUUACUGUGUCGCUGGAUGAAUGUGUGGCGGUGGAGCCCAAGCAGCAAACAACUGAAUUAAUACUCUCGCUAAUACAUGGCGGUGGCAGCACGGUUAAUGCCGGCAAUCGUUGGAUGGACAAGACCAUACAGCUGGUAGUGAAUCCCAAUGGCAAUGUAGGUUUCACCUAUGAACAUUCGCCCGCGGAGGGACAGCCCAUAGCCAUGAUGAUGGACUAUGUGGUAAAGAAAAUGCUUGACGAUCCAGACUAUGGCAAAUGCGGCUCUGACAACUGUGUCUGCGAUCCGGAAAAACUCAAAUUCGCUGAGCUAAAUCCCUGCGUGGAGCAAUGGAUGUUCUAUGCCAAGCGGAAUGUCGACGCUCUGGUGAAGAAUCUACAGAUGUAUGUGCUUAAAUUCAAAUGCUAUGGCAAAGGUUUUAUCAAACAGCAAAAACUGGGUCCGGAUAGCUUCGUGCAAAUAGCGCUACAACUGGCUUUCUAUAGAAUGCAUAAGGUGCCAGCGGCACAGUAUGAGUCCGCGCAUUUGCGCAUUUUCGAGAAUGGGCGUACAGAGACCAUACGCUCCUGCUCCAAUGAGUCUGUGAAGUUUAGCAUUGGUAUGGACAAUGAGAAAUUGGAUAAUGCAACACGUAUCAAAUUAUUGCGUGAGGCCGUGAACAGUCAUCAGCAGUAUACACGUCUGGCACUGCAGGGACGUGGCGUAGAUCGGCAUUUGCUAGGAUUAAAAUUAAUGGCGCAGGAAAACAAUUUGCCCAUACCGGAAUUCUACUCAUCGCCGGGCUACACCAAAUCCUUGCACUUCCGGAUGUCCACAUCGCAGGUGGCCACGCUUUACGAUGCUUUCAUGGGCUAUGGUCCCGCUACGGAAGAUGGUUACGCUUGCUGCUAUAAUCCACGUGAGGAUGAUAUAAUCUUAGCCAUUUCGAGCUGGCGUAAGAAUAUGGAAACCGAUCCACUUAAGUUUGCCGCUGCCCUGGAAAAAGCAUUCUCGGAUAUGAGGGAUCUGCUACAGACGUGCCCACCGCCUGAGAAGGAAAAGCCGAAAUCAAAGUUGUAGUUUAAAUGAAGUUUUCAAAUUGCAAGUUACACUCCGAAUGCGUUUCAAAUCUGUACAUUUAUAAAUAAAAAUUGAAGCAGUGCCUUAAAUCAAUUGAACUUUUA